CCAGGGUUUACAAUGCUGCUAGAAUAGGAGGUUCUUCUUUGCCCCCAAAUGAAAUUAUAUCAAAUCAUACCGUCAACUCAAGCUUUGUCCAGGUAGAGUGUCUUGAGCUCUGCCAAAAAGCACCAAAAUGUAUCGGAUUUAACUACAGAGAUGUGAUUAAUGUUGUGAACUGCCAACUGACGAAUAUCACAAGAAAAAGAAAUCACACCGCAAUGACUGAAGAAUGGACACUUAUGCUCGAUGACGAAGCGGCAAAGAAUAUGGAACAAUGGAGAAAUGACAAUUCAGCUACCGGCUCCAGCUGUGCAGAUCUGUAUAACAAAGGAGUGAGAACAGAUGGUGUUUAUACCAUCAAUCCUGACAACCAGGGAUCGUUCCAAGUCAGAUGUGAUAUGAGCACAGACGGAGGUGGCUGGACGGUGUUCCAAAGAAGACAAGAUGGAAGUCAAGAUUUCUACCUUGGAUGGUCACACUAUAAAGCAGGAUUUGGUGAUCUUAACGGCGAGUUCUGGCUGGGCCUUGAUAAAAUACAUCGUUUGUGGAAAUCUGGUCAAAAUGUUCUAAGAAUUGAUUUGAUGGAUUUCAAUGGCAAUAAACGUUACGCUAAAUAUGGAACGUUUAGUGUGGCUGAUGAAUCAGACAAAUACAAAUUGAAUAUUGGCAGUUAUUCAGGGAAUGCAAAGGAUUCACUGGAUUAUCAUGAUAAAAUGCAGUUCACUACUAAGGAUAGCGACAGUGAUAAACGUUCUGGUAGUAACUGUGCUAUGAGCUUCAAGGGAGCUUGGUGGUACAACAACUGUCAUCAUUCCAACCUCAAUGGCCAGUACCUAGGUGCAGGUCAGACUAGUAGCAGCGGAAUAAAAUGGAACCAAUGGAAAUCCGACUCAAUGAAAAAAACGGAGAUGAAAAUUCAUCCAAACUAGUUUUAACAUGCAUGGACAUCAAGAAAUGAACAUUCAUACGCACUUAUUACUUUGUGAUUGAAUUAUGAUACAGAGAUAAUAAUGUAAUAUAGGAGUUUUCGGGAGUUAGCCUGUGCAACAAG